UUGUUAUUUCUCUUUCCGUGUGAAGUGGCAUCCCCAACAUAGCGAUAUUUCAACCUACAUAUUAAUUUAACACAAAAAUAUUUUCGCAACAAAACAAAUGUUUUUAAAUUGUGAAACAUUAUAAGAGGCUGCUAAAUAUCAUUUUAAUAUCGUUACUUCGAUACAAUUCUAGUAUCUCCAGCUCGGUGACAUCUGUUUACAGACGUAUACAGUAAUUUUUGUCAUCUUUGCAUUUAUUUAGUUCAUAUAAAAUUAUAAUGUAAAGAGACUCAGUAUUUUAUUUCGAAAAUAUACGUGGUAUUUUGUCCUGUGAAUCUCGCUAUUUAUUAAUUACAACAAACUCAAAGGAAUUGCAACCGAACGAAAAACAAACCAUUCAGGGACAGAGACAAGUGGCCAAAAUGAUCACUUCAAAUUUUGUGCGUUCUACCUGCUGCAUUUCGUUGGUCUUUUUGGCUUUUUGCAUAGCCGACUCUGCCACCGAUGAGAAUCUCUCAAUACAACGCUAUUUGUCCUCAGACGACACAAGUUUAAGCACAAAUAAGCGCAUUCAACAGAUUAUGCAGGGCGGCUCAGCGGAUAUAAGUUGGCCACAACCACCUAAAUUAAAAGCGGAAAAAAUCGACGUGAAAGAGGAAAUAGAGAAAUUAAAUACAACUUAUGUGUAUCAAAGUGCUUGGCCAGCUGAUGAGCUGAAAUUGGGUUCCGUGAGUGCGGUUAGCUUUGACAAGAAAGGAAAUGUGGUUAUAUUUCAUCGUGUCGAUCGUCUUUGGGAUGGCAAUACGUUCAACAACCGAAAUGUCUUUCAACAACGAAAAAAAGGACCCAUACGCGAUAAUACCGUUUUGGCAUUAGAGCGGAAAAGUGGUCAUGUUGUUUAUGGUUGGGGAAAGGGCUUAUUCUACAUGCCACAUGGUUUGACAAUCGAUCAUGAGGAUAAUGCUUGGGUAACUGAUGUGGCGCUGCAUCAAGUUUUCAAAUUUGGUCCACAUGGCUCUAAUGAUAAACCGCUGUUGACUUUGGGUACUGCUUUUAUACCAGGCGUAGGUGAUGCAAAGUUUUGCAAACCCACUUCCGUUGCCGUACUCGAAAAUGGUGAUUUCUUCGUAGCAGAUGGUUACUGCAAUGCACGUAUUUUGAAAUAUGACAAAGCGGGCAAUAAAAUUCUUUCAUGGGGACAAAACUCAUUCUCUGAAAAUAUAAAUGUAGGCAUGUCCUUCGAGGUGGCGCCAAAGAACUACUUCGCCAUUCCGCACGCACUCACGCUUGUGCCCGAACAGCAAUUAAUUUGCGCAGCUGAUCGUGAAAAUGGUCGUGUACAGUGUUUCUACUGGACCAACGGUACAUUCCAUUCACAAUAUCAUAGUCAAAUUAUAGGCGAUCGCUUGUUUAGCAUGGAUUAUACGCCAGUGGAAGGCGGUCAACUUGUCGUUGUUAAUGGACCAAUCGGUGAGUUGGGCAUCAAAUCGCUACCUUACAAUGAAGUACGCGGCUAUGUAAUCAAUAUGCGCACCAAACAGGUGAUCUCAAAGUUCGGUCCUAAUGAUAUGCAAUUCUCAAAUCCACAUGAUGUGGCCGUCACCAAGGAUGGCAAUGAGAUAUAUGUCGCCGAAUUAAAUCCGAUGCGUAUACAUAAAUUUCUACAUAAAACCGUGGCAAAAUCGUUGCCUUUGUCAGCUGCAAAAACAACUACGGUUAGCAAUAGCAAUUCAUUGAGUGAAACCGGUCCCGUAUAUAAAGUGAAUGAAAUUUUGCUUAAAUCUAACAUCACCAACACAGACAAUCCAGCGCUAGCUGAAAGCGCAUAUGAACUAGACCCAAUCUCAUCACUGAUAGCCUCAGAACAUCGAGUACAGACCACAGAGAAAACACAUCAUCCCGGUGGCACAGCCAUACUGGUAGCGUCACUAAUGUUACUUUUUGCUUCGCUAACAUUUAUGCUGGCAUUUAUUAUAGCACGUCGACGCAAACGAGGUUGUUUGCCAUUCGGCGUGAAGAAUCGUCGUCAUGCCUGGGAUUUUCCGUCAAAGCCAGAAGGUUUCAAAUUGGGCGGCCUCCUGUUGGAUCGUAGCAAGCGUGGUGGUUUUGAGAAGCUCGAUCAAAAUGCCAGUGACGAAGAGAACGAAGCGUCUACAAAUAUGUUGACCAGUGCACCAUUUGCUUAAGUACUUACAUUGUAUAUAUAUAUAUAUAUAUAUGUACAUAUGUAUGUAUGUAAAAUGCGCAUUAACGCCUGCAAGCUUUAUUGAAGAAAUGAAGACUAUCUGAUUUCUUAUGACGUCAUUAUAUGAAAUCUUAUGACUAGGAGAGUGUAAUUUUUUUGAUCGAUUAAACUGCGUUCGCACGAGCACUCUUUUUGUCCGCCAUCUUUAUCGGCAAAUUCUCUUGUGGUUUGAUUCGGAUAAUUUUCUGUUUUUCAUUUCAUAACAUAUUUUCAAACUCUUGUACGUGUCAGGUACGCGGUGCACAAAGAUGUUUUGAUUAUCCUUUUAUUCACCCUUUUCUAAAAUAUUAUAUACAUACAUAGUUACAUAUUACAAAAAAUUGAUAAUAAAUUUCAAAUCUCCGAACAUAUCAUAAAUAUUCAUUUGAAACCGAGCGCUGUUGCAACAAUUGUUGUUACGAACAAGAACACAAAGCGCGCCAGCCGAGCACGAGCGGCACGGGCUCUUCGUCUUCGUUGUUGUUGUUUUUGUUUUAUAAUAGUAUAGAGUUGACAGUCCUUGGCCAGUUAAAAAUCCGAGUCCGUUCCGGUAACGUAGACCCGACUGUCGUGGAAACGAACGUCUUCGUCUUUCCUCGUAGUCUCCUCACCUACACAAAAAAAUAAAUAAAAAAAUCGGUUUUGUCAACAAAAGAGUGCUCCUGUGAACACAGUCUUAGUGAACUUGUUUUUUAGAAGUGUAUGACGAACGAAUGGUACUUUAUUUUAGAAAUCAAAGUUAUAUACAGAUAUUUCGUGUCUCCUCAAAGGCCUUGGGAACUUUCCGGAUGCUUAUCUGUUUUAGCGUCAAUUAUGAGCUAUGAUGUGCAUACAUUUACAAAAAUUAGCUAAAAAACUGCGAGAUCACUAAAAAUUCAGAAAGUUUCCAUUUCUUUCGGAACUACCAAAAUUUCCAACGGAAAGUUUUCAAUCUUAAAAAAUCCUAAAUUUGUAUGUCUGUAUGUAGCAUUAGUUUUCAGUAUGAGAAAUUUGUAUAUUUGUGAUUAAUUUAUGUAAAUUUUUAAGAAAACAUAUUCUCGCAUUUUUCAAAUAUGCUAAGUCAGAACUAACUGUGGCCAAAUUUUAUCUAACUAUUGUUGUACAAAACAAAUGUAUUUUAACUAUUUAUUAAGAUGAGUUAUAUUGUAUAGGAAUAUAAUUAUUGAACAAAUAUAUUUGACGCUAAGUAAAAAAAA